CUAUUCCAUUUGGGAACACAAGCUUGUAUUGGUGUGAGCUUCGGAAUCGGGUUCGUGUGCUCCUCAACAGUCGACCCAGUGUCCCAGUCCCGACUGAGACACUGCAAAGUUGCCAAGAAUUGAUACUUCUGUUAAGGGAGCCCCCUCUGCUUACUCGUUGCAACCCGCUGUGGAAAGAAUAUGAAAGGAGAAAAGCGGCCGAAGGCCGACGCCGGCACAGCGGAUGCUGUGCUGGAUAAGCUUGCGGAGUACGGUGAGCGCUUCAUGGCGAUGUUUGACGACGACGAUGACCGAAAAGCGGCAAAGGCCAGCACAAGCGGGCGUGGUGCAACCCGGCAAUCUAAGCAAUCAGCGCAAGCGGUGAAAGGCGGCGGCGGCCGUAUCACGACCUCCGCGUCACCUCGGGACGCAAAAACGGAAGCAAAGGAGGGCCCUACGUCCCAAACCAAACAGCCAAGGAGCAAAAAACAACACCAACAGAUCCCCAGCCAAGCAGCUGGGUCACCAGCCGCUACGGCGGCUGCCGGCGCUGCUGUUGCAAACGGCAGCGGGAGCCGCAAGCGGAGCGCAGGGGCAGCGGACGAGAUAGAUGCCAUCAUGAAGGCUGGGCGGAAGAAGGCCAAGCGGGCAGCUGCAGGCGGCACUGCGGCGGAAGGCGGCAGGAUGGGCAAACAGGGAUUAGCGGCUUCUGCAAGUGCAGCAGCGGCGGCGGCGGCGGCAACGGCAGCCCAGGAGGCAGCAGCAGCGGAGGCGUUGCGGCGCGAGCGGAAGUUGUUCAUGUCGCACAAGGCCAGCAAGGUCCACGAGGCGGUGCAGGCGCCUGCUGCCGCCGCGCGGGGCGGCCGGGGAGCCAAACUGGCGGCAGCGGCAGCGGAGGACGAGAGCGGUCUGAGCCCCGAGGAGUUCCAGAAGCUGCAGCUGGAGAUUGAGAAGUUUGCCUCCACCGCUCUAGACAAGAAGGGCGCCAAAGCCUACAAGGCGCGCAUGCUGGCUCGGCUGGGCGCCAAGGCCGACACCGCCCCCCGCACGGCGGCAUCCAUCGGCAAGGGUAUGGCGCGGGUAGCGGCCAAGCGGCAGGCGCGGGCCCUGGAGGAGGCCAUCGAGACGGGCAUGGUGCAGCGCAAGGGGAUGGGCAAGAAGAAGCGAGCAGACAGAGCCAAGAACCGCGACCGCGGGCUUAUGGAGGCGGGACCGGGCUUCAAGAACGGCGUGCUCCGGGUCAAACCGCUCCAGAAGACCCGCGUGGAGAGCGGCAAGCUGCGGCUGCCCAAGGGGGUUCUCUAAGAUCUUGCGGACAAUAUGCCUAACUGUGCGGCGAUGCUUUAAUCACAGAGUGCGUCAUCAAUAACCACGUUCUUCAUGCACCGCAAAUCACCACCAAGUGAUAUAUUGGCUUCGGAUCACCUACAGCGC